UUCCAUAUUCUCAUUCGCCAACUCAUUCAUAAAAUGUUGAAGAAAGAAAAUUAAGUCUUGAAUGGGCUAAGAAAAUUCAUGUGUGAAAUAAUGAUUUUUCGUUAAAAUUCACGAGUUUAUUAGAUGCAAGACGAAUCUUCAAGAUGGUGACUAUAAUUAAGAAUCAGCUAUUGAAACAUCUCUCGAGGUACACCAAGAACCUGUCACCAGAACAGAUCUCUCUUUCGGCUCUCAGAGGAUCCGGUGAGCUCCAGGACCUGACCCUGGACGAGGAUCUAUUAACGGAACUCCUGGAACUGCCAGGAUGGGUGCGCCUGACCUCAGCCAGGUGUAAUAGAGCCUCAUUCAGGAUCCAAUGGACCAAAUUGAAGACAGUUCCUAUUGUAUUGAAUCUAGACGAAGUGAGCAUAGCACUGGAAGUAUGCGAGGAGCCACGCACUAUGCACGCGAGCGCGGCGGCAGCUAUGCCUAUACCGGGCAAAUAUAGCUACAUACAUAAGGUAAUAGACGGAAUCUCGGUAGCUGUGAAUCAAGUGCAAAUAGACUUCAAAUGUGAUGCGUUCACCAGUAGUGUUCAGAUCUCGAGGGUGACCGUGGAGUCGCGUACGCCUGAAGGUCGGAAAGGUGACUUAAGACUGACUAGAAUCAAAUCUCCCGACACUGGACAACUACUUAUAUUUAAGGAAUUGGAAUGGCAAAGUGCGCGUAUAGAAGCAAAGGCCCUCGGCGCGGCAGCUGCUAACCUUCCUCCUUUGAGGCUGCUAUUGGGCAAUACACAUUGCCGGAUUGUUAUUAAGAAACGUCUUUCAGAUUGUGCGGUCCUGGGUUCGAGGUUAGUUCUUCGUCCGGAGCCGCUAGCGUGGGCGCUGACAGAUGGGCAGCUGCGGGCGGCUUUGGCAUGCGCGGCGGCGUUGGCUGGUCCGGUGCAGAAGGCCACGCAAAUGGCCACUAGGACUAAGGCAGCUCAUAAGAUAGAAGAACCUCGCGAGCAGAUCCAAAGCAGGCAGAACUCUGGCGACAAAGAUAUCCUAGCACGAAUGUUCGCGAAACACGACGUUCGGGAAACCUCGUAUCAUCUGCUCGCGCCCAGGAUAGACUUGCAUCUAUGCGAUGAUCCGGGACUGGGUAGAUCAGAAAUGCCUCAACUAGCAAACGGUGGUGCGUUACAAGUAACUCUAGUCAGUAUGCAAGCAGACCUCUUCCCCUACCACAAGGCUUCCAAUGACCGACGACAUUGGAGAGGAUACAGGGAAGCGGCCACACCACAUAGUCAGUGGUUAUCACAAGCCAUGUCUUCCUUCUGCACCACUUUGUUGGAAACUUUAGAUCCCAGACCUUUAACACCCAGUGCUAAGACUAGUUACAGCGAGAGGGUAGAUGAACCGGUGCCCAACGGCGUAAACCACCGGGCCGCUGCGCAAGCGCCGACCAAUGCUCCGUCCAAUGCUAACACUACUAUCACAUCACAAGCAUCUCCCACUAGAACGCGAAUAUUGCAGCAACUGGGAAAACUAAUGACCACCUGCCUCAUACUCAGGAUAGAUGACUUCACCGUCUAUAAGGUGUCAACAGGAUCGAAGUCCAGGGAAGCGCCCAGGCCGUUGGUGAGCGCUGAAAAGGCGACGUUACCUGGAGACGCAGGGCUGCUACAUGCAGAGCUAACUUUUUUCUAUUACCCUGGGGAUGUCUGCUUUCCAGUGCCGGCGCCCAAGCUGUACGUACAACUGAGUCCAGUGCGCGUAUCGGUGGAUGUGCCCAGCAUACUGUGGCUAGCGGCGUUUUUGCCGCACGUGGGCGCCGCAGCCGUAGACAACGCACCAAAGGACGAUACUUCUGCCUAUAUUGACAUACGGACUGAAGCCAUCAUGCCUAAGAUAGUUCUAGAAGCGGGGCCAGAACAUGUAUCGCAACAGCGCGACCGACCCAAGGAGCUCCACAUUUGUACCGCCAGAGCCAUGUUCACCAAUGUACGGGAGUCGCCACGGGCUAACACAGCAGGCAGCAGAGCCGAUUUAGCGUCCAUAAUAUCUUCCAUGCGAAGAUCCGCACCUCCCAGGGGUCAGUUCCCGUGCUCCAGUGAAGAUUUGGACCCGAUUCACGAGCAGUUCCUAUUGCAUGCUGACAAUCUGGAUGACAUAGAGCGAGGAACAGCGAUAAGUCAUGAGAUGCUGUGGCGGGAAAACAGAUCAGUUUGGUGCGCGCGGGUUGAGCCAUUGUGGGCAGAUUUCUGUGGAGCUCGCGCCACUAACUAUAAACCAUCUCCUUUAUUGGAUGCUACGCCGUUAACUGCUUGGGUAUGUUUUGAGGAAGGAUUCUCCCGGAUAUGGGUGAUAGGUCGAACUUGCGGCCUAAGCGGUAUCCAACUAAACCACUAUCAACUGCUCUUUUUACUACGUCAAAUGGAACGCAUCAGCGAGUUGACCGCGUGGCUUGCGCAUCAAGCCAGUAGAAUGCCUGAAGAUGACCAGGGGUCAAUAGUAGUGGGUCUAGUAGUACCAGCAGUGGAAGUCACUCUGGUAUUGCCUUCCAGCUGUCCCGGACAGGAGUCUUCCAGAGAUCUGGACAGCGUGCCACUCGAUUCCUCCAGCCUUAAUGACUUGAGAUUAGGUUCAGAAGCAACAAUGGCACCGUCUAUGUUAGACAGAGAUAGCGGGGUGUUGGCGACUCAAGCCUCCAUAGAAGUUUGCACAGCUCAGCCAUUGGGAGCUGAGGAGAUCCCUCCUGCUAGUCCCGGACUGAGUUUUGGAGGGUUUUCGACAAUGCGUCGAGGUUUCACAUCCCUAGUGACGUCAAUAGACAGCGCGUUAACCAGGGACGACGCUCGCAGCGACGCCGCGUCUACGGCCAGCUCCGACAGCGACCGCUACGUCGUAGUGGGACUCGCGGCCGAGUCGCCUGACGACGCGGACGUCGCGUUCAGAGAAUUCGAGCACGGACGUCUAUCAAGCGGCGUGGAAGUCGCUGCAGAAGUGGUAGAGCGAUCGUCCUCACCCAGUGACCAUUCGAUUACUAGCUCUUGCAAGCGACGAGACGUGAUUUCAACGUGCACAUGGCGCCUCAACAACAUCUACAUAGUCCAACAGAGUGCGAACACCAAAUCCUGCAUGAGGAUAGUAGCAGACGACCUGAAGAGUGACGAGUGCUCCGCCAUACCCUGGGACGAGUUCCAGAUCCGACUCAAGAAUAAGUUCUCAAUGCGCGCGCGCGCUUGGUCCGAGCCAACGAAUGAUGAAGAAGAUAUCUUGAAGCCGCGAGAACCGCCGCGUGUCGCAGCUAGGCUUUUGCGGACUGAGCUACCAAGAUUAUUGAACGAAAAGGGGGAACCCACAGGCUUGGCGCCUUACGAAGAACUCCUAGAAGCCCAUAUCCGAGAGUUGAGCAUCGCUCUCAACAUGAGUACAGCGCUUGCUCUGUCCGAGUUCAUAGAGGAUGAGGUUCUUUUACCGCCUAUGCCGCUUGAGGUACUAAUAGAAAACGUAAAGCUUCAUCUAGUCGAAGAUCGUCAAACCAGGUCGAUUUCAUCACCAGCUCCCCAACCAUUGGACCUGGACCUCACAACCCUCAGGCUCACCAGGGACACCUCCGGAAUUAUCCACUUGGGCCCUCCUCCAGUCAGCUCCAGAACUGUGUCUCCGAGCAGUCCAGUUCCUCAGUUGCAGGAGGCUAUGGGGGAAAUACAGAGGUUGAAUGAGGAAAACGAGGAAUUGAAGAAGAGACUGGCAACACUUAGUCGAAUAGCGGAGGACAAUCGGGAGUUGAGAGCGAAAGUGGAAGAGGCAGCGGUUUUAAGGCAGUGCGCACACGCGGCGCAGCAGGAAGCAGCGAACUUGUUGGCGGACAAGCACGACCUCAUAGAAACCGUGCGGUUACUGCAGGAACAAAUAUCAAACACGUGUCGCGGCAAGAGAUAGCGCUCCCGCGGCGCGGCGCAGCGCUGCCUCGACUGUACCGCGUGUUGCGGCGACCACAAACUGUAGUGUGCGUACACCCUUACCACGCGCCCACCAUUUAGCGAUGACCUCUAGUUACAUGCGUGUAGCUACCGUACCAGAGGUCUAUUUAUAUUGGACUUUGAUUGGAUCAUUUAGAUGUUAAAUUAAUGUUUUGACCAAUGUUAAUUGACUUAUAGUGACCCAUAUGGCUUCCAUGAAAGAUAUCUACUUAAAUUAUAACUGGCAGUAUAUUAUAGUACUUGGGAGAAAGCCAAAAGCGUCCCACGGCCACAAACCGUAGUGCGCAUACGCCCUUACCACGCGCCCUCCAUUUAACGAUGACCUCUAGUUACAUACCUGUAGCUACCGUACCAGAGGUCUAUUUGUAUUGGACAUUGAUUGGAUCAUAUGGAUGUUAAAUUAAUGUUUUGACCAAUGUUAAUUGACGUAUAGUGACCCAUAUAUUAUGGCUUCCAUGAGUUAUUAUAGUAUUUGGGAGAAAAUCAAAAUCGUACCACUAACACUAACGAAUGUGUGUACACCCCAAUAACGUGCCACCACUUAACACUGACCUAUAGUUACAUAUAAUAGCUAUUGUGCCAGAGGUCUAUUUAUAUUGGACCUUAUUGUUUUGACCAAUGUUAACAAUUGGACUUCAAGUGACUUAAAUGAAUGUUUUGACUAAUAUUAAUUAUUGACAAAUAUAGACGUAGUUACCUACCCACAACGGCUUCCAUGUGAGAUAUCUACUUAGAAUGGGCGAAUAUUUUGAAAAAAAUAGACUAUCACUUAGCGACUACAAACGGUAGUGUGCGUACACCCUACUACUUACCGACAAAGUACUGAAGAAUUAUAAGACAGAUAUGGUUAUUUGGUCUCAUAACCCCACUAGAAGGUAUGUGGAUUGGUAAAAAAGAAAAGAUUCCAUGGAAUCAGGGUGUCUGAGAAAGCUAUCUUAGCAAAAAUUAAAGAAAAACAACCUGGUCAGAAAAAAUUGCCAU